GCGUGUGUGUGUGUGUGUGAAUAUGAGGGCAUGUCUGCUGUGUGAACGCACAAGGCGAAACACUAAAGAGCUGCUGCCCUCGCGCUGUCCUCGCACACAGCACGCGGGGUUUUUUCGGGGAAACAUCCACGCACGGAUCCGGGAGGAUAGCGCAGUGUCGCGGCUCUGGAGAUUAAAUUCCUCGCGCGGAGAUCAGCAGCACUGAAGUGCCGCAGAGGAGCAGAGAGUCACUGACAGGCGCUCGGCGGGGCGGGAUGGACUACAGUUAUGACACGGACCUGGAAGAGUUGUGUCCGGUGUGUGGGGAUAAAGUUUCUGGCUAUCAUUAUGGUUUAUUAACCUGCGAGAGCUGCAAGGGUUUCUUUAAGAGGACCGUACAGAAUAACAAACGGUACACCUGUGCGGAGAGUCAGGACUGUAAGAUUGAUAAAACCCAGAGGAAACGCUGUCCGUUCUGCCGCUUCCAGAAAUGUCUGAACGUCGGGAUGCGGCUGGAAGCUGUCCGUGCGGAUAGGAUGCGAGGAGGGCGCAAUAAAUUUGGCCCCAUGUACAAACGAGACCGGGCAUUAAAGCAGCAGAAGAAAGCUCUCAUCCGGGCUAGCGGCUUAAAGAUGGAAGCCACGCCCCCUUUGCUGUCAUCACCUCAGUCUGACUACAGCUUCAGCACCGCUCUGUCCACCCCAGUUCCAGAAAACAUGCAACCAAACAUCGGCACCACGGUGGCCCCUAUCGAUUAUGAACGCAACCUCUACGCAUCCAGUUCCCUGGGCUUAUCCGUCCCCAUCUCAUCCCACACCCCUCUGCCAGCACAGUACCCAACGUAUCCCACCCUGCCCAGCCGUGCCAUCAAGUCAGAGUACCCAGACCACUACACAAGCUCAGAGCACUACACCAGCGCCUGCUCCCCAGAAUCUGUUCCAGGCUACACAUAUGUUGAACAGUUGCGAGUGUCGACCAGCACACCGCUCGCCCCGCCGGGUUUAACGGUACCACCACUGGUUCUGGAGUUUGUUCGCUGUGAGCAAGAUGAGCUGCAGGUGCAAAGUAAGAUAAGCGCUCACCUGGUCCACCUGCAGCAGGAACAGAAGUCUCGGAGCACGGCGGACAAUCAGGAACAGAACAUACGUCUUGCUGCCAAACAGGAACGGCUCAGCACCUUUGGCCUGAUGUGCCACAUGGCCGAUCAGACGCUCUUCUCUAUAGUGGAGUGGGCGCGGAGCUGCAUCUUCUUUAAGGAACUCAAGGUGGGAGAUCAGAUGAAGCUGCUGCAUAACUGCUGGAGUGAGCUGCUUGUGCUGGACUACAUCACCAGACAGUUGCAUCAUGGGAAAGAGGACAGUGUGCUUCUCAUCACAGGACAGAAGGUUGAGCUUGUGUCCUUACUGGCCCAGGCAGGGGUCACUCUGAGCGGGAUGAUACAGAGAGGUCAGGAGCUGGUGCACCGUCUACGAGAGCUUCAGCUGGACCGCAGAGAAACUGCCUGUCUCAAAUACCUCAUCCUCUUCAACCCUGAUGUGAAACUGCUGGAAAACCAGCCUUACGUGGAGAGCGUGUACGAGCAGGUGAACGCCGCGCUGUUGGAGUACACACUGUGUGCGUAUCCGCAGUUCCUGGACAGGUUUACCCAGAUUCUGCUGCGCCUUCCCGAGCUCAGAGCACUGAGCACACAAGCCGAAGACUACCUGUGCUACAAACACCUGAGCGGAGAGGUGCCAUGCAACAACCUCCUCAUAGAAAUGCUGCAUGCCAAGAGAACCUGCAUCUGACACACACACACAUUCACAGGCCCGAUUCCUUUCGCAGAGGACACUUUUAUCGACCAGAUGUUUAGCAGAAGUCGUCUUUCGCACACAGAAAACCUCAUCAACCAUGCCACUGUGUUUCUGAAAGGAAAGAGGGGAGAUGUCAGUGUUAAUGACUGUGUUUAUGAUAUAGAGCGAUGCAAUGAUGACCUAUUUUUGUUGGCCAAACAGGAAGUUAGCAUUAACCUGGUUCCUUUGACAAAAACCCAGUAAGAAUUUUCCAUUGGUUUUUGAUUAUUGUAGAAAAUAAGCUCUAUGAGCAACAAAUUUAAAAACAAACACAAGCAUGUAUUAUGUAUUUUAUGUCAUAGAAUAAAACAUGAACAUAUCUUGAGCUUGUUAAACAUAGACCUUAUUUUAGUCAUAUUAACCCAUUUAAAACCCCAUUGAGAUCAGGAAAAUGAAACCGGAAGUGCUUCAUAAAAUGCUUGUUUUCAGUUUUUUUGGCCUACAAAAAUGCAUCAUCCCUUCAACACUCUAUUUAAAAAAGCAACAGAUUGUGCCUUCCCUAUCUCAUUACACACACACACACACACACGCCGUCUUAAGAAAAAAAUACAGUAAUCAAAAAGUGAGGCACAGUCACAGACUCAUAGCCAAGAACAGCCCACUUAGACAGGAAAAAGGUGACAUGUCCAUCAUGUAUUUAAAAAAAUGUAAAACUAAGUAAAGCGCAAAUGAAUGACAAGCUGGAAAAUUUGAUGAUAUUCUCAAGAAAUGUCAGUAAAUGAGCUAAACAACCUUCAUUAGCUUUAUCUUUUUAAGCUAGAGGGAGAAAGAAAGAAAGAAAAAGAAGAAAGAAAGAAAGAAAGAAAUAGGAAAGACCUCACUCAACACAAAGCAUUUCCUGCACACACAUAAUAGCUCUGCCAUAAAACCUAGUGAGCUGCCUACAUAGACAGCAUCAUAGACAGCAUCAUCCAAAUGGUGGAUGAGGCAGGACUAAGACUUAUUUUAUUCAAUAUUAAAAAGUACUGCUAAUGUAAUCACAUUUAAAUAAAAACAACCUAUUUUAGUUCUGUGUAUUUUAAAAUUAAACAUUAAACAUAAUUUGCAUACAAAUAUACUAUAGUUCAAAAGAUUUUUUAAUUAGCAAGCAAACAAUUGAUCAAAAGUGACAUUUAUAAUGUUACAAAAGAUUUCAAAUAAAUGCUGCUCUUCUAAACUUUCUAUUUAUCAAAGAAUCCUGAAAAGAGGGUAUCAGCAUUUCCACAAAUACACAUGAAGCAGGACACACUGAUAAUAAGAAAUAAUAAGUUUCUUGGGUAAAUCAGCAUAUUAGAAUGAUUUUU